AUGUCACAGAGUCGUAAUCAAGCUCUGAAUUCACGCGGCCUACAAUUAGGUAUCAGGAUAAAAACUUUACGCAAUUGGAAUUCAUUUCUUAUUCAGGAGUUUGUUGCAAAAGGGACGACAAAAUUGACACUGAUUUCUGUGAUUCACAUCGACUGGACAGUUUUUAGAACCUCGACAUGUAUAAGAGAGGGAUCUUCUUAUGGACCUGCAAUACUUCGGGGCCUUCACAUGAGAAUUGUCCAUAAUGUUUACCGCUGGAUUUAUCGCCACAAACAACACAAUCGGCUACGACACCAUCAGAAGUGGAUGACGAGGCUGGAGAAAAAUUGUGCUCACUUGGUUCGAGCGGAAAACUAA